GAGUCGGGCUCAAAUCCUUACUAAAACCCUUCUUUUAUAAACCCUAGAAAUCAGAUUUGCACAUUUAUAUUUGUACCGGGGAACAUCGAUUAAGCACUCUUUUCUUCUUCUUCAAUGGAGGCCACAGAUUUGGUCCCUUUAGCGGGUGAGAACUACGCCCUCAAGCUGAAACACUCAAUGCAAGAACUUUUGUCUGAGAUUUCGAAGAAGUCCCCAAACUUGUCUCCUUUAGUCUCUACGUUUUACGAAUUGAUGCAAGCGAAGGUUGAUCCACCCUUCGAGGUGAUAUGGGCCUAUGCAGCAAUAAACUUUCGUGGACGUAACCCGGAGAAAGGCGAUGCCUUGGAUAAAAUAUUGGUCGCCAAAUACUUACUUCAGUUGCUAUCUGCGUGUUCAGCUUCUGUUUGUGCUGCAAAGAGUAUCGUUUUGCUGGCGCCUGUUGUUUUUGUGCUCCACGGAGUGAUAGUGGAGCUGUUAGGAAGGGAAUUGAGAUGUAAGAGAGAGAAGAAAGCUAUGAAGGAGGUGAAGUCUUUGGUGGAUGUAGUUCUUGGGUAUAUAAGCCUUUCUUGUCAUAACAAGGUUUAUGAGGGGGAAUCUGAUUCAGUGAGAUUGAUUUUUCCAUUCACUGAUUUGGCUCGUCUUUGGGUGGCCAUGAAUGAUGACGCGUUUGAAUCUUUGUUACCUCUUGUGAGCAGUGAUGUUUGUAACUGGAUUUGUUCUAGAGGGUUUCACGUUGAUUACUUAGGUGGUGCUAUCAUCAUGGAAGUGUUCUUAUUGAAACUUUGUCUUUCUUUACAUCUGGGAACGUCAAAGGAAGGAUUGGAAAUGAAGCUAAAGAGUUGGGCUGUUAGCUCAAUAUCUAGCUUUCAGAACACAUACUUUUUCGAGAUCCUUAUGAGGACGGCAUUGGAGACACCAUUGCCUCUGAUUUCAAUACUGAAACCUGAAGAUGAAAUUCUAUCAAGGAAAGUUAUUUUUGAUGCUGUACUAUUUGUAGACUACCCUUUCCUCUAUUCAAAUGCCAACGUACAAAACCUCACCUUGACCAAAUUGAUUGUUACUCAUGGGGCUGUGGAGUAUUUUAGGGGACUUGGUGAUCAGAAUAGAACCAUCUCUUAUAUAAAGGCAUUUUCUGCUUCUCGAUUGCCAUUGCAAAUAAUUAAAUGGGUUUCUAACCAGAAUGGUUUAGAGGAAAAAGCUAGCAGAGCUAAUGAAUCCUCUCCCAAAGCUCUUACACUUUGGCUGCUGAGCCUUGAGAACCAAGGGAUCAGAGUUUUUGAAGAUGAUAUUUUAAAAAAUCAUGCUACAUCAGGUCUUGAUGUUUCCAAACCCGAGGACCCUGCAAGUAACUUGGAGAGGAAGAUAGCAGAUGAUGACCUUUUUUAUGUUGAUAAUGCUGGGGGAGAGGGAGAUACAGGUGAGAAUGAUGAGCAAAACAAAUUGAUUAGUGAUGCGUUUGUAGCUGCUGCCCAAACUAUGAAGUUACCCAAACAUAAAGCUCGGAAAAGAAAAGGAAAACACAAUGAAAAGAAAAUUAAAUUUGUCAAAUAUAAUCUCCAUCAAAACUCUAAGCCAGUCAAAGCCAGGAUUUCAACCGCAGAUGAUAGUUCAAGCGGUGAGAGUGAAGUUGAGGACCCGAUCUCGGACACAGAUGCGUAAGCUAGAAUAACAAACUGAUAUUAGUGUUAAAGCACAACCAUGGUAUUUACUUACUCCAACUAGUUGCCACAGACCCUUUUUGUUAGGAUCCUUUACAUGAUGAGAGGUCUCAAGAGGCGGUGAGAAGUUGCAUGCUGCCUCAUCAGUUUUGUCAGCAUUGUGUUUCUGUGUUUGCUAAUUUAGUUCAGGCAGGCUCUAACGAGUUUUUGGUGUAGUCGCAUUGCAGUUGCACUGAACUUGCUUAAGAAACUGCUUAGUUUUUUGUGUAUUAUAUUACGCAAGUCAUGUUUGAUAUUAAAACUGAAAUUUGUAUCCGCAGAAUCCUCCAGUUGCAAGUAAACAGGCCUUUUUCCUA